CUGUAUCUAACUUUAAAACACGCAAAAGUAAACCUUGUAGGUUGGAUGAAUUCGUUACUGAUCGAUAGAAUCGUUUGUCAGACAGCAAGGCAAAAGUUAGUUGGAGUUUAAGUAAACCAGGUUAUUAUUGCGGGCGGCGGGGUCGCUGGCGUCUAUAUGUCGGAGGGCGGUUUCGGUAUAGGAUUUUAGUUCCAAAUUUCGCCACUGAUCGAUAUAAGUUGGUGCCAUUUUCUGUGGUAUUCUCCCUGUUACUUGCGCAGUCAGCAAGUUUUAGUCUAUUGCGCAUGCUUUCAUACAACACCCAAAAGCCAAGGAGACAGAAUUUCAUACUAAAAUAGCCUUACAAUAAUUUUUUGAUACAUUUAAAAAAAUCGGGUGUUGUUCGCCUACCGCACAAAUUUUUCGAUACGUUUACCGACGGUGUUAUACACAGUGAAUUAUUUUUAAAGUGGUUUAUUGUGGUGUCCUAUUGGACUAUUUUAUAAUGAUUUAAGUGGUUUUGUGAAUAAAUAAGUGUAUUUUUAUAUAAUGUGUCUGGUUACUCAAAAGUGCAUCGACAGUUCAAAAUCAUAAAACAGAUGAUAUCACAUGUAUUGGUUCGACGAGAUGUCCCGUAUAGUGACGAAUCUGAGCCGCGUGUAUUCGCCGGUGAUACUCAGUAAUGAGUGGCCGAAGCUUGGUCGGCUGCUCUUCACCCUUCUAUGCAGCGUGCUAGGCGUAUCUAUGAACGGCUUCUUCGUUGCUUCCUUCUUCGUCGAACCUGGCCUGAACAAGAUCGGAUAUGUGUUCAUGGCGUGCUUAGGCAUGUCGGACUUGGUCAUAUCCACGUCCGUGCUGCCCACGGCAACGGUGGUGCUGCUGUCCGGCGAGUGGGACACGGAUCCGGUGUGCUACGCGCUCCAGUUCGUGACUGAGGCUGGAACGUACAGCUACAGUCUUUUCUUCAUGAUGUCUGCGAUAGAGUCCUACUACCGACUCUGCAAAGCUACAUCGGACUACGAAUUCCUAAUCUCAAUGAGGAUCGGCCUCUUCACUGUCAUCCUCUUUACGAUCACGUUCCUCACCGCCGCCGUCGGGGUCUACAUGGAAUUGGACUAUGACUACUGCCAUCGCAGCCACGCAGGCAACUUCAUCUUCAGGGUUACUACAUCUGUCAUAUUUUACGUUAUUCCAUUUGUCGUUAUUUUCUUCUGCCUCGCGAACAACGCUUGCCGAAUUAGAAACAAAGCUAGAAAACAUAACCAUUACAAACGCAGCUUACAGUACGAGACGGAAACAACUACUAACAAUCUCAACAUUAUGGCUUAUUUCUUGUUUGUCGCAGCUUGGGUCCCCUACCUGGUCGUUGUCUAUCUGUAUCCCGACACCACUGACUCAAAAUACUAUCAUAGCGUUUGGAUCGGCAUUUUCCGAUCUGUGGUUACAAGCUUUCUCUACGGAUCGAUGGACAGAAAUUUCAGGCGCGCGUUUGCUCAUUUGUUCAAUUAUUGCUGCUGCAAGAGCACCCUUUCCGGGUCCUUCGCCAGUCGACACAGGCGCGCUUUGGAGUGCAAGGCUGUAGGAGAUGUGAGGGUGCACAUCAUGCACCAGGCUAUGAAUGCCAACAGCCCUCAGCGAGGAGCGUCGUCGUCCCGGGAGACGCAAGAAUUAUGAUGCCUCUAAGCUAAUUUCGUCGACGGCUUGAGAGGGUGGUCAUCUUUACUUUGGAUAGGUUUUGACAAGUGUCGAGCUCUGGGCUUGACGUAAAAGGGCUUUAAAAUUGAACCGUGACCACCCACUACAUCAGGGCUUCACUAUACUCGCCUGAUACUACUUUGUUGCUUUUUUUUCGCAUUUAACUUUAAUGGGUAAUUGUAGAACAAAGUGAGAAACAUUAACGCAAGCAAGGGAUUUUUUAUAAAAAUGUACAUAUAAAAAACAAACUAAAAAAAAUAGAAUGGUAUACCCAUUGUAUUAACUUGUAAAUACUUUACGAAUUCAGAAACAUUAACCAUGAAUGGUUCUAAGAGCUUCAAAUGUUGAAUCUAUAUAUGUUUAAUAGAUAAUACAUGUUAGGAUAAUAUGCGCCACGUUUCCUGUUUCUGUUGUUAAGUAUUUGAAACAACUAAAAAAAGAAUUAUCGUUUUAAUAUUUGACAAAUAUAAAACGUAAUAAGUUUACCUAACCUAAACCUACCACACAAAAAAAUCCAUUUCAAUUUGAUAUGAUAUGCAGCCGCGGUAUCAUGGUCUCGUUUUUAUCACUUGUCAUGUUAUGCGUCACUUUCGCACUUACAUACUUGUUAGAACGUGACAGGCAUGGUGACAAAUGACAAAAAGCCGACCAUCUCAGCCCUACAGGUAGUUAAAUUUCUUUUGUUUUAAAAUCGAACGAUACAUACGAAAUGCAACUCUGUUCCAUUUGAAAACGGUUUAGAUUGUAUUGAAGUACAUAAUUAGUACUACGGGUGUAGUACUGUGGCCGGAAGGCCUCAGGAGGUUGAUUUGUUGACUUUUAUAAAUCUCUUCGGCGCGUGUGUAAACAAUAAAUAAUCAAUCUUUACGGUCAAUGACUACUUCUAAAAAGACUCAACUCAUUUUCUGACGUAUUUGUGUAAAUAUACUUAUAUUUUCUUGGGAACUAAUAUGGAUAUUGUACUUUUGUAAAUAUGUACUGCUAAGUUAAGACUGAACACAGUCCUUCAAAAAUUAAACUUUCUUGAAGAGAGAUUUUGUAUUCCAAUUUAUAAUUUUAAAUAUAAGUUUUAUAAAACUGUACCUUAAAAAGCAUAACCCUGAUCGAUAUAGUUUAAAUUCAGGUACCUAUAUAAUAACUUUUUGUACUAAACUUUGUUUUCCGAGCUCGUACACAAACCUUAAAUGCUUCAUUGUUAACAAUUUUGGUACCUUGGUACACAUUAGGUACCAAUAAUGUACAGAAUGCAGUUGCGUGGAAUACUUCAAUCAACAAUUCUCUUAAAAUAGGGAAUAUUAUUUUAUUAAAUACGUUAUACGUCCCAGAUAAAUUUGAUGUGUCAUUUAUAAGUACAUACAUAUAUACACUAACUGAAUAUUAUUACAAACUUAAAAACUGUAUUACUUCAUAAGAUUUAGUCAAUGUUAGCUGAACAAAAUAGUAUCUAUAAAAAAACUUUAAAUAAAAAAGUUAUUUUUACGUGUACAUAUACUUAAGCGAUCACAUAAAAAAAAUACAUUAAUAUAUUUAAACAUCACUAGGUAAUCCUUCAAGGUUUCUAACGUAGUAUAGGGGCCAAUUUGAUUCGGCAGAAUGAUGUAUCAUGACAUGGCUAAAGUAAAUUUAACCCAGAAUUGCAUGUGAACCAAAUGUAACUUAACAUGUUAUACUAGUUAUACAAAAAACUCUCGUCCACUCCUGUUACAUAUGAAAACAUUCUUACUUGUAAUAAAUGUAAUAAACACAAUUAAAGCGGUAGCUUCUUUUUAUCUCCAUGUAUUAGAAAACUAAGUGUAUUUACGCAUAAGUUAAUUACUGUACAUACUUACUGCAAAAGUCAGCAAGACGUACUUAAAUGGUAUAUUGUUUAUUAAAACAACUUACCACAAAAAAAAUGUUGUUUCCUUAAAAACUUAGGUAUAUUUUGCAAUGGUUACUGUAUUGAUGUUAAUUUGAUAAAAAAAUAUAAAAAGAGCUUUAAAAAUACAAUAAACACACUUCAUUAAAAUAGUGGUACUUAAUUCUUAAUGGAUGUCCAUAUAACUAUAUAAGCAAAAAACUUGUCACUCUGUUCACGUUUUUUUGUAUUUUUUUAAUUCAAAUUAUUCAAAUAAAACUUUUUACUUAAAUCAGGAACAGGUAUUUACAAAUAUAUAUAUAUAUUUUUAUAAGGACUUAAAUAUUAAAUGCCUACCGACUUUGUAUAAAUGAUGUAAAUAGGUACUAAACUAUUGAAAUUAAAAGUGAGCGAUUUAUUUGUGAUGUAAUCAUUAACAUAUAUCUAACACGGCACGGGCCUUACAGCCACUAAGAAUGGUGCUAGUUCAGUGGAGUCACUCACGAAUUCGAGCCAAUCGUGCAGUCUAACGCAACUAGUUGCGACCAAUCGCGCGCGUGAUGCGAACUUAUCAACCAAUCGCGUUAGACUGCACGAUUGGCUCGAAUUCGUGUGCGUGACACCGCUGUACUGGCCCCAUUCUUAUUGCCCGUAAGGCCCGUCAGUCAGAUAUAUGUCAUUUAUGUGCACGGAAGUAAUACCACCCAAGUUUGUAAAAAAAUAGAUAAUAUAAAGCCACUUUAAAACAUUGUCGUUAUAGUUGUUAUAUGUUAUAUACUAAGUACAUGUUUUAAUUAAGUCAAUGUAGUCCUUUUUGAGUUUUUUAGAUUCCACUUUUCAAUCUACAACAAAAACGGCUACCUACCACCAGUUUUGACAUUGACAUAUUCGCUCACAUCUACGUAAAUUAGGUACGUUAUAUGCUUACAUCUCGCUCAUAAUGUCUAAGUACGAGCGAGAUGCAUAGAAAGUAAGUUACGUAGACGUGAGCGAAUAUGUCAAUGUCAAAACUGGUGGUAGCCGUACUGAAGUUAAAUAUAUUUGCAUUCAUUUUAUUAGGCAUGUCGCAUUAGUAGGCACAUCACCAUCAUGAAUAAAAGAGUGAGAACAGAACUACUAUGUAUAGUCAAAAGUAUUAAUUUGUGACCCAUUUUGUACCCUAUCACAGUGACAAACAACCUGAAGGUCGCUAGAGUAUACUACUGUUACUGUGAUAAGAUACGAAAUGGGGCACAAAUUAAAUCUUUUGACUGUACUAAUAAAAGUGGUUAUAUUAUCAUUACUUAUUAUACGUUAGCUAAAAUUUGUUUUAUAUAGCUAUAAAUAAUAGCAAGUCUAUUUAGCACAAAAUGUGAAAUAUAGUUAGCACAAAAUGUGAAAUAUAGUUAGCACAGCCUGUGAAGUAUACAGUAUUACAGAAGGUGUAUAUUUUUUGGAUAUUUUGAAGUUAAUUUGUUAUAGUUUAUUUAUUAAGGCUUUAAAGUUUUUUUUAUUAUGUAUAAGACUAAUUUUAUCACGUUAAAUUACGGUUACAUAGUUCAUAUUUAAUGUUUUCUAGGUGUUCAUAAUAUAACGGUAUGUUUAUGUGUUACUACUAUGGUUAACUAGAUGUUUAGUUGCCUGUUACUUUCGAUAUACGCCAAAUAUAAUACAUAGUCCUUUAAUGUAUCUAAUAUUCAUAGACAUUAACCAGAUAAAAAUAACUUGCGUUGCUUGGGAAAUAUCUGCAUCAAAUGCCUAAGAAAAAUCAAAACUUUUCGGAAAUAAACUGUUAAUGACUAUUUCAAGUCUGAUUAAUAAAAGAUUUUUUUAUCUAUUUAUUUUUGAAAGAUUUUAAAUACAUAUAUCUCUUAUAUUUUUGUAAAUCAUCAAAUUUAUAAUUAUAACCUGCCAUAUUACGCGGCGCAGUUUUGUGUCCUGGCGUAAAUUGUUGUAUAAUAUUCAGAUAUAACUUACAAUUUUACUCGUAAUAAAAAUACAGCUUUAUACCAUAUAUUCAGACAGCAACAAAAGAUCUAGAUGUUCUUACCUAUUGAGCUAUUGAAUUAGAUUUUAGACGUUUACAUACUUUAUAAAUUAUAAAUAUGGUACGCAGCCGAUGUCCACCGCACAAAUGCUUUAACUGUUAAUAUUAAUAUGUGUCAUUCUUAUUAUAAUCAUGACAAUUAAUAAAUAUUUAAGUACUUAUAGGUAUACAGUAUGUAUCUGAACGCAAUGCAAUUACUCAAACAAAAAAAAAAUUGUCUCUCCUAAAGGAAAUUUCAACAUCAGACCAGCAAAAUGUAUGAAACAACCAGAUUUUUUUCGCAAUUUCAGGACCCAUAGUAAAAGUUGCUCAGUAUGACCAAAUAAUAACGGGUUUAAGUAAUUGCUUUACGUUCAGAUACAUGCUGUGUAAAUCAACCAUCCGUAAAAAUAAGUGUUCAUACCCAAAAAAAAACCUAAAAGUUGAGACUUCUUACAAAACAUCGCAAUGAUAAAUAUCCGCUGGUUUUUGUUUCCUUUGUUUUUUGUUAGUGUCCUUCAAUUUUGCUUUCCAUUGUCCCGUCAGGAAUGGGGGAUGUUCAACACAUGUGUUCGAAUACUGACUACUUUACUGACUAUUAACAAUUAUAAUCUCCAAGAACCAGAUUGACUGUUAAAAAAACAUAAGUUAGUUAACUAUUUUUACGAUAAGUCUCUUCAACCGAAUUACAUAUGUACAUCUGUCAAUGUUCUCUGCACAAUAGCUAUAUUCCUUACUCAGUAGUUAAUCCCUUUCCAUGUUAACUGUUCGUAUCUGUGUCCCAUUAAAUAUAAAUUUCCAAUGAAUUUAACCUGCCUUUAUCUAAGGUUAUCGCUCACUAAGGAAUAAAAAAAAAAUACUAUUAAAAUUAUGACUAGAUUGUAAAAUUAAAAUUGAUUUGAAAGAUACCAAUUCUAAGACGUCCUGUUAUUUUCAGUAUAGUGUCCGUGUCAUCCACGAUGACGCGCAGAUUUGUCAAAUCUAACCUUUAAUAACAUGAUAAUACGAGUCAAAGCACGCGUCUUCGUGAAUGACACGAUCUAUAUUCAGGCCUUUAAAGUAGCCUCAGAUAAAAAGUUAGUCAGGUCAUGAGUUCUGUCACAGAGGUUUUAGCAUUUAAUAAAAAAAAGUUUGCCAUAUUUUAAAAGCUUGUUUUAUAUUAAUCACAAGUUUGUACUUUAGCGAAAACCCUUCAAACUUAGGGGUUUUUUUUUCAGUAACACGCUCACAUUUGAUAACCAUACUUCAAAUACACAGCAAUCUUAUCAGUCCAAUUCGCAGGAACUAUGCAGGAACUGUAUAUCAAAAUGAAGAUAAAAGAUCCAGCUUUUACGUGUUAUAAGAUUCACUAUUCUUCGUAAGAUUCAAGGAUGUUAUAAAAGAAAAAUAAAUAAAUAGGGUUCAAUAUCACCUUGAACAGGGACCGUAUUUUUUGACAGGUUUUUAAUACCUUAUUCCGAAUAUAACAUAGAAUUGUGCAAAUCUGAGAGAACACCUUAUGUUAAAUGAUAUUGUAAUUUAUAAUGUAAUUUAACGUAACGGAUAACUUACAAUAGAAUUUAAUGUAAUUUGCUCCCUCAGCUUUGCAUAAUUCUAUCUAAUCUUCAGAAAAACUUACAAAAAAAUAAUGUCACAAAUACGCUCCCUGUUCAAGGUGAUAUUGAUAUGAAUAAUAAGGAAACCAUACAUAAUUUUUCAACAGUAAAUAUCUUUGUGACAGAACUUAUGACCUGACUAAGCACUUAGGUAAUCACUGAGAUUGCGUUAAAUCGAUCCCUUUGUCACACUUGGUAAGACAAAAAAAAAUGAAGUACAACGUCCGUUGAACGGACAAGUCCGGAACUAAAAGGAAUCAUAUUUCAGACAUACUCGUACCAAUCUAAUUGUGCCAUUUUUAGGUAACGUGUGAGCGAAAACCAUUCCUUAAUUAUAAUUCUAGGGAUAUGGCUUUAUAUUUAUUAUGAACAUGUACUAGUUCUAAGCUUUAUAAUGUCCGUGUUUACUGUUGUAUUUGUCUAUAUGUAUACUCAAUAAACUUUACUGUCAGUCAA